AUGUCUCGUCCCGCAGCCCUCAUGCACCAGGGCCAUGGGCCUGAGGUGUCCCAAACCGCACUUGUCUCGGGCAAUUGCGAGGGCGUUACGGAGGUCAUUACCGGCGCCACCGAACGUGAUAUGUCUCGUCCCGCAGCCCUCAUGCACCAGGGCCAUGGGCCUGAGGUGUCCCAAACCGCACUUGUCUCGGGCAAUUGCGAGGGCGUUACGGAGGUCAUUACCGGCGCCACCGAACGUGAUAUGUCUCGUCCCGCAGCCCUCAUGCACCAGGGCCAUGGGUCGGUCGCGCUCGCUCCCGCGGGCGCGGCGGUCGCCACCGAUCCGGACGCGGCCAUGGCGGCCCUCGCGGCCGGCGCGCAAGCCGCAGAGCCUGCCGGAGGUGCCACCCGAGCGGCGAGGUGA